AUGGGGUAUAGCUUCCAAUACAUAAUCCUGGGAGGAGGAGUUGCAGCGGGUUAUGCUGCAAUGGAGUUAGAGAAACUAGGACUAAGGCAAGGGUUGCUGGGGAUCAUAUACAAAGAGGAGAAUAUAAUACCUUAUGAUCGUCCUUGUCUAAGCAAAGAUUGCCUUAAUCCAAAUUUGCCUGCUGGCGGUAUUGUAGUGCCUUCAACUUCAAGGACGUAUGCUCAUGUAAGUGUUGGAGAUUGGGAGUUAAAAAAUUUACCUUCAAAUUGGUAUUCUAAGAAAGGUAUAAUGUUGUAUCCUGGUACAGAAAUUUUAAGAGCAAAUCUUCGUAGAAAACUUUUGAGUUCAGAAAAACUAGUAUUUCAUUACGAGACUUUAAUUAUUGCAACCGGAUCAACUGCUAUAAGAUUGGCGGAUUUCGGUGUAGAAGGAGAUGAUGCAAAAAACAUAUUUUAUUUAUGGAAUGUGGAUGAUGCCAACAAUUUGUUGGAUGCAAUGAAAGAAAAGAAGAACGGAAAAGCUGUUGUUAUUGGAGGUGGAUAUGUUGCUAUGGAGAUUACUGCAUCCUUGAGACUCCACAACAUUGAUGUUACCAUGGUCUAUUCUGAAUCUUGGUGUAUGUCACAACUUUUUACUUGUGAUAUAGCUGCAUUCUAUGAGGGCUAUUAUGCUAAUAAGGGGAUCAAUAUCAUUAAAGAAACUGAUGUUAUCGGAUUCUCAACUAACUCGGCAAGAGAGGUAAAAGAAGUUAAACUAAAGGAUGGGAGGGUAUUGGAAGCAGAUAUUGUUGUUGUUAGUCUUGGAGGAAAGCCUCAAAUAUCUUUAUUCAAAGGUCAGCUUGAAGAGGAACAGGGUGGAAUUAAGACAGAUUCCUUUUUCAAAACAAGUGUUUCUGAUGUAUAUGCUGUUGGUGAUGUUGCCACGUUCCCUUUGAAAUUGUACGGUGAGUUUAGAAGAUUUGAACAUGCUGAUCAUGCUCGCAAAUCAGCUGAGCAUGUUGCCAAGGUGUUACAUUCUUGUUCGUGUGACUUGCCUUGGCAAUUUUAUGGCGACAAUGUUGCAAAAAAGGGAAAUUUAGUUGACAAGUACGAUUACCUUCCACACUUAAAUUCUUGUUCGUUUGACUUGCCUUGGCAAUUUUAUGGCGACAAUGUUGCAAAAAAGGGAAAUUUAGUUGACAAGUACGAUUACCUUCCACACUUAAAUUCUUGUUCGUUUGACUUAUCUUGGCAAUUUUACGGCGACAAUGUUGGGGAGACUGUUCUAUUUGGAGACAACAAUCCUGGAUCAUCAAAGCCUAAGUUUGGAACAUACUGGAUUAAGGAUGGGAAAGUAGUGGGGGCCUUUUUGGAGGGUGGAACUCCUGAUGAGAAUGAAGCCAUUGCCAAAGUUGCAAGACUCAUGCCUGCAGUGGUUGAUGUCAAUCAACUUGCAACUGAAGGUCUUUCUUUUGCCAUUAAAGUUGCAAGACCUGAUGACAAGGUUGAAGACAAGAUUUCUGCUACUCCCUCUACUUACAAGGUCAUUCAAGACAAGAUUUCUGCUGCUCCCUCCCCUUCCCAGAUCAUGAAAGACAAUAUUUCUCCUUAUGAGGCCAUUCAAGACAAGAUUUUUGCUCUGUCUCUUGAGAAAACUCAAGAUAAGAGUUCACCUCCUGCUUAUGAGAAGACCAGAGUUCAAAAGUCCUAUUAUGAAGUUGUAAAGGCAAAGGCUCUUCCUCUACCUCCCAAGACGGAGGGCUGA